AUGAAAGUAAGAAACCAAUUAAUAUCAGAGGGAGACUUUAAGUUCAGGACAGUUCUAGAGUUAUAUAACGUUGAUCAAUAUACAGUUGGCUUCUAUGCUUGUUACGAUAAACGAAUUAACAUCAAAAAUGUACUGAAUAACCUCACAGAAGUACCUGAGAACACAGAGCAAAUCUCAUUCUUUUAUAUUUACGUUAAUGGGACCGAUAGCUUGUUUGCACCCAUGAGAGAAAUUGUUACGCCAAGAAAUUGCUAUCAGGUUGUUAUUGAAUGUAGACCAACAACACCAGAUGUUCAAGUUACCCUCCAAGAAGUGCGGAGUAACAAGAAACAAGAUUCAGUACCAUAUUCUCCAAAGAUUGGGUUUGUAAUGAAAAAGUGUACUAGGUCUGCUUACACAUGUCUUGGAAAACAUGGAGACCAAAGUGAACUGAAACGUAUUCGUAGGGUUAUGCCACCACCAGUGCCUAAAAUAUCAGGCGGCUUCAAAUUCUUCUUAGAAGGAGAAACAUUUUCAAUGAAUUGCACUGUUAACUACGAAAGUGGUUUACUAGUCAGUUUGAAUUGGGAGUAUCCACCAAACGUUUCAAAUGACUCAAUAAUAAUCAAAUCGAACGAAUAUGAGAGGGUUGGUGAUAUGUUGUACAAGAAUAUUACAAUUGUAGGUGCUACUAGGGAACAUGGUGGCAGAUACAUAUGUGUAUCGACUAAUAAUUGUGACAAGAAAAAAGCUGAGUUUUUGAAAAAAUUCAAAGAAAAACCUACACUUACUUUGUUUACUGAUAAAACGGGACCAGUUGAAACGUCACAGCCAAAGUAUAAGCUAAAUAUUGAGAUGAUUGACGCCUACCCUCCAGCUACUUCUUAUUUCUUAAUCAAUGGCAGACAUUUACCUAAAAACGAUUUGAAAUACGACGUUUUUACACACCCUAAGACGGGUGACCCCAUCUUACUGAUAAACAAUACGCAAGUUACAGACAGCGCUAAUUAUACUUUAGUGGCUACUAAUGGGUACUUAACGGAGAAUGUCACUGUCGACUUAAGGUUUACAGCUGCUCCAGUGAUUUCUUUCGGAUCAAAUGCUGAUAGAAAAUAUGUAGAGAACCAGGAAGUUACCUUUAGGUGUGAUGUAACAGGGUAUCCUUUACCGAACAUAGAAUGGGUAUUUUCUAAUGGCGAGAAAGAACAGAUUCUGCCCAGUGCUGCAGUAAAAGUAUAUAAUGUAUACAAGGCUUCAGCGACACUAGUUUUUCCAGCAGUUCAUACUUCUGGCUAUAUUACAUGUAAAGCUUCCAACAAAAUCGAUACUGAUAAUGUCACACGAAGACUAAUAGUUUACGAAAUGGAGGGUGGAUUCGGUAUCAAGAACAGAGAAAACACUUGGUUCCCACAGAAUCAGGACGUCACUAUAACAUGUGUUGCUUCAAAAUAUGAUUUUUCUAAUGUCAGCUGGAUCGGCAGUGUUGAAGAAAAUUUGACCGAGUCGGUGGAGCACACGGAGAAUCCAUUAUCGCUUGUUGCUAAACUGAAAAUACCACGAAUUUCUCUGUACCAAAGCGGCGAGUACAUAUGUCGUGGAGACAAGUUCGAUGGGAAUGAACUGGAAGAAGCUAUUAAUAUUACUGUAGCAGCUAUUCGGGCUCCUGUAAUCAGAUUGCCACUUACUGAUGUGACUGAGGAAGUUUAUCGACGACAACACAUUGAACUGAAUUGUCUAGCUGAGGGAGUACCAGCGCCAAAAAUAGAGUGGUAUAAGGAUGCAGUUUUGUUUAAAAAUGACAGUACAGUGACGAUUUUUACGUAUGCGGUCAAUCGCACUUUUGUCAACUCAACAAUACAGUUUCAAGUGGAUGAUAAUUAUACUGGUACCUACGAAUGUGUGUCUAAUAGUGACGGAUCAGAAGCGAGACGAGUGUAUUCACUUGUUUCAGGACAAAGCACAUACGCUACCUAUUUGAGCGUGAUUAUCGUUAUAAUCUUCGUAUUAAUAAUAGUCGUGAUAUACCUAACAAUAAAAAUAAGAAAGGAAAAACAAUUCAGGCGAGAGUUAGCCGCUGCUGGCCUUUUAUAUUUUAAAGAAGGUAUCACAAAAUCACUUAACCCCGAUCUGGGUAUCGACGAACAAGCUGAGCUGCUACCAUACGAUGACAAAUUUGAAUUCCCAUCGGAGAGAUUAAUUUUGGGCAAACAACUAGGUGCCGGUGCUUUCGGAGUGGUGUACAAAGCAGAAGCACGUGGUAUUAUAAACGCCGAGGAAACAACAGAAGUCGCUGUCAAAAUGGUGAAGAAAACUGCAGACAAUAUGUAUAUUAAAGCACUGGCGUCUGAACUAAAAAUAAUGGUACAUCUGGGGAAGCAUAUAAACAUAGUGAACUUGCUAGGAGCGUGCACUAAAAAUGUUGGAAAACGUGAAUUGAGCGUGAUUGUCGAAUAUUGCAAGUUUGGUAAUAUCCACAACUACAUGCAGAGGCACCGCGAGGUGUUCAUCGAUCAGCUCACAGAUAACAAAGAGAAGAAUCUAGGCAGAGUUAAUAGAGGGUUUUCUUGCAGCAGCGGCAGUACUGGUGUUCAGUCUGACUAUUUUGGGGCCUGUAACACGCAAGAGACCGAUCACACAUUCGUCAAUUCUGCUAACACAAACCGAUCAGCAAGAAAAAUAUCAGAGGGAUAUGUGCAACCUGAAUGGCGUUCGAAUUACGAAAGUGACUACAGCUUUGAUGGUCGCAAUCCUCGACCGCUUACUUCUCGUGACCUGCUUGCGUGGGCCUUCCAAAUUGCGCGGGGUAUGGAGUACUUAGCCAGCAGAAAGGUUCUUCAUGGUGACUUAGCAGCAAGAAAUGUGUUAUUAGCUGAGGACAACAUCGUAAAGAUCUGCGAUUUCGGCCUUGCCAGAAGCAUUUACAAGAAUGACGAGUACCAGAAGAAAGAAAACAGUCUACUCCCAGUGAAGUGGCUUGCGAUCGAGUGUAUGACCGACCGUAUAUUCUCUACGCAGUCAGACGUGUGGUCUUUUGGCAUCGUUCUUUGGGAACUAUUCUCCCUUGCCAAGACACCGUACCCAAAUAUGGAUCCAGCCAAUUUAUUGCGGUGGCUCUCUGAAGGGAAACGUCUGGCGAAGCCGACUUAUGCAGAUGAUAGGUUAUACGAUGUAAUGCUAAGAUGUUGGGAACAUAAACCAACAGCAAGGCCCUCAUUCACUCAACUCCAGGAAAUUAUUGGAGGUUUUCUAGAAGAUAACGUACGAAAUCACUAUGUGGAUUUGAACUCAGCGUACAUAGACAUGAAUGCUACGCCUUCAGGACAUGAAGACUACCUGAUAAUGAUGAACGCACCCGAUUAUAAUAAUUUGGUUACGCCAAGUCCUCACCACUACGUAAAUGAAGUUAGAAAUUUCUUCCCCACAACGCCUACACAACUCGAUGAGGAGGGCUACCUUAAGAUGAACCCAAGGCCAAAUGUAUUCAGUCCACGGCCCGAAGAUAACAAAUUCGAUUUCGACGUUCGUAAAUUCAAUCCUAAAGUAUCCGAAGCAAGCAGUUGCGGGUCGGAGUUAACGCCCAUGUUGACUUUGAACAACUUACCGGCCAGAGGCGGUUCGGACUCGGACCACGAAGGCAACGUGUCACCUAACAUGACGAUGUGUCCGACGAUAGACGAGGAAACUGACGAAGUGUUCGAAAUGAGAAACAACGCGAAAAAUGCAAUAAUCAACACGGCUGUUAGCAACCCAACUUAUAUUACGUUAGAUGUCGACAUUGAGAAGAAACCUAAAGAUAUUAUUAAUUCAUAUAUGAACGUACCGAACGGUCUAGUCAAAUAA